ACAUUGACAUUCGUCUGUGUUCAAAACAAGGAGGUGGAAGUAUGUCGCCUCAUUUUUGUAUCAGAUUUAUUUACAAUACAUAAUUUACACGAUAAAAGAUAUAUAAAAGUUUGAAAUUCAAUAAUUUAAACAUGGGAACUACAGGACAGUCCAUUACACUAGCUAACAGCAUCAUUGGAGUGGGUAUAUUAGCAAUGCCCUUCUGUUUUCAACAAUGUGGAGUGUUGUUAGCUACAUUAAUAUUGAUCUCAAUGGGUCUGGUGUCCAGACUGUGCUGUUAUUUCCUAUUGAAAUCUGCAAUCAUUACCCGGAGGAGGAAUUAUGAGUUUCUUGCAUUCCACAUAUUUGGCCCAGCAGGCAAGAUGGCCGUCGAGAUGGGUAUCAUAGGUUUCCUCAUGGGCACCUGCAUAGCUUACUUCGUGGUGGUUGGAGAUUUGGGCCCACAGAUUAUAGCUAAGAUGCUGAAUAUAAAUCAGAGUGAUAUAUUGAGGACGUCUAUCAUGGUGAUAGUGUCUCUGGUAUGCGUGCUGCCUUUGGGCCUGCUGCGAAACGUGGAUAGCCUUAGCAACGUCAGCGCUGCUACCAUCGCCUUCUACUUCUGUCUAGUCAUAAAGGUGAUAGCGGAGGCGACGGGCCAGCUGUUCACAGCCGACUGGACGUCCCGCCUCGAGUUGUGGAAACCCUCGGGCGUGCUGCAGUGCGUGCCAAUAUUCUCAAUGGCUUUGUUUUGUCAGACGCAAUUAUUUGAGAUUUUUGAAUCGUUACCAUCGUUAUCUCUGGAGAAGAUGUGCGUAGUGACUAAGAACGCAAUCAAUAUCUGCUCAGGAGUGUACUUCACGCUUGGCAUAUUUGGCUACAUCGCGUUCGGGUCUCAGGAAAUAUCAGGUAACAUAUUGAUGAGCCUGAGCCCAACGAUGGGCAGUGACGUCAUAAAGCUGGGCUUCGUGAUGUCCCUCGCGUUCAGUUUCCCGCUCAUCAUAUUCCCGUGCCGCGCCAGCCUCUACUCCUUCCUCUACAGAAAGGCGCAUCCAAGCCACCACGACCACAUGGUGAACCACUCCAUCCCCGAGGGUCCGUUCCGUUUGCUGACGCUGGGCAUCGUGGGCAGCGCGCUGUGCGUGAGCCUGGUGCUGCCCACCAUCGAGCUGGUGCUGGGCUUGCUGGGCGCCACCGUGGGCGUGCUCAUCUGUGUGGUAUUCCCCGCUGCCGCCUUCCUUGACGUCACCUUCAAGAACACCAAUGAGAGGCUGCUUGCUAAGUUUGUCGUAGUGAUGGGCCUGAUAAUCCUAGUGCUGGGCACGUACGCGAACCUGCAGGCGGCGGAAAACUCGCGCGACAAAUACGACGAUAAGUACAUCACUCAGGAACGUAUCGACAAGAUCGUGGAGGACUUCUUCCAGAAGAGAGAGAAGUCUGAAGAAAUAUUGGGCAAAAUUGAAAAACCAUUCCCAGUAAAAGAUACCAAUGAACUAGAAAAAUCAGUCGUAAAAGACUCUGAAGUACAACCGCCAAAUCCGGUGGCACCGGAAUCCCAAUCUAAUGAGAAACUCCCUGUUAUUUUCCCCGUACAAGAACAAAAGAUCGAUAUAUUACCAAAGGUUAAUAUUAAAGAUUCAGUAUUACACCCAAAGAACGUAAUAUCAAAAAUGAACGGAGACAAACGAGUUAAUGGUAUAAGUAAAAUUGAGAUUGAAAACAAAAUUGAAGAACCUGAUAAGUUAGAACAACCUAAAGAAGAAAAGUCGCAAGCAAACCAACAAAAAAUAGACAUGAUGAAACAGCAACAGUUGAUAGAAACUAUUAAACAACAUGGUCAAGAGCAAAAAGAACUACUUAAGGAGCAAAAAGAAAUUCUAGACGAACUACAUAAAGCAAAGAAAGAAAUGCAACAAAGUAAAAAAGAAAUCGAUAGUAGUGAAGCCAAAAAGAUAGCUGUUGAAAGUAUACAGAAAAUUGCCAACGCAGCGAUUCAGAGCUUAAGUGGCGUUUCAGAUAAACCAGCAGAUGUCAAAGCUGAAAAACAUGAUACUAUAGAUAAUAUUGCGAAAGAAGCCGUUAACAAUAUCAAUCAAGAAACAAAGAAAACUUUAGAUGCCAUUCAACAAAUUGAAAAUGAAAAGAAAAUGAAUGAGCAACUUGAAAAAGAAAAGAUUGUUAAAGAAGUUGUACCGGAAAUAAUUCAAAAGGAGAAUGCUCCUCCGGUUAUACAAAACUUAAUAAAUCACAAAUCAGCAUUUGAGCCUAUGAAAGAUAAUGUUGAUAAGUCAAAUAUAAAAGACCAGGGCGUUAAUAAAGAAGCUAUUGUUAAUAAUAAAUUAGAUGUAAACAAUUUAGAACAAAAAACUAAAGAAGAUUCUAAAAGCCAACUGAAGCCUGCGAAUAACAAGCAGGAUAACUUAGAUCUAAAAGAACACUCACACUUACCGGAUGAACCAAAAUCGUAUAGAGAAGGAGAGGAUAUGCAAAAAAAUGCUGACUCAACACCAAAUGAUAGCAAUAAACAAAAUGUUGUUAUAAAACCCGAGAAUGGAGCAUUAAAUAAAAAUGAACCAAUUAAAACCAAAGACAAUGGUGAUAUAAAUUUUAAAGCUGAUAACAUAUUGAGUAAUAUAGCAAAUGGUAACGUAGUACCAAGACGAAAAAGAGAAGUUGAAGAUUAUAUAGAAAAGAGUAGAAUAAAACCUGAAAACAAGGAAAUUUGUAAAAACGCAGUUAAGCCGGUUAAAGGAAAACCUGAAGAAGUAUUAUUACCAAAUGUAAAUUUAGGGGAUGUAGAAUUAUCAAAUUCCUUGCAAGGGAUAGCGUUGCAUCACAUGAGAUCUUUGAAAAGUAUUCAAGAAGAAGAGAAAAGAUAAUAUUAAAUAUCACGUAAGACUGCAAUUUAUUAAAAUUAACUUAAAAACAAAAAAAUUAUAAUGAGAAAUACAACAGAAAAACUACUUUUGUGUAAUUAAUAUAAUAUUUGAUAUGUAAAUAUUUUGUGAGGUGUUAACGGAACUAAGCAUUUAUUAAUUUUAAGUGAUAUUCCGCUGUAUUAAGAUAUAUGGACAAUCAAGGCUAUUCAUUCCAAUAGUUCUUCAUAUUUUUUCAUCACAGUAAAACUAUGCAGUGCAUAUAUUAUAAAAAUUCAUAUGGUUGUAGCUUGAAAGGAGAUGGUCCAUUUCAGGUUCACUCUUGUACCCCAUAUCAUUAAAAUUUAAAAAAUACAAGGAUUUUAUUAAAAUCUAAGUAAGUGAAUAAAUCUAACUAAAUAAAAAGAAAUAUAUAAAAUUAAAACCCAAGUUUUUGAGUUAUAUCAAGAUGGCGCCUAUAAAGCCUAUGACAUGACAAUUAACAGCAAACGUCAAAUCGACUACUGCAUUGAAAACGUCAUCAAUCCGCCAUUAUUACCCAUAUUAGUGUUGCAUUUCCUGGGAGAGGAUAAAUAUUAUUUCGAAAGAAAUAAAGUAAAUUCGUAGAUUUGUAUAAUCAAAAUCAAAAAAAAAUAUAUUUUCUUUUAUUUCCGCCGGGGUACAAGGACUGAUCCUGGGCUCCAUACAAUUUUGGACCAUCUCCUUUGUUCCUAAAAAGAUUGUCUAAAUUUUCAUUACUGGAAUAUUUGUUGCGAGAAUUAAGUAUGCAAACAUUUUAAUUAUGUUCAAAAUUAAUUGCACCUAGUCCAGAAAGAGCUGACAGCCACAUUUAGGUUAAAGUAAGUACAGGAAGCCUACGGGUCCAUUAACAUAAAACAUCGUUGCAGCCACUGUAUUUAGUAUAUCAACCAUUAUUGACUUAGAUAUAUUAUCUUUAAACAAAAAGAAAUUAAAAGUGUGUGGAAUAGAUAAUAAACAUUGGUUUUAGUAAUAAGUUAUUUAAUAAACUGAUGUCUGUGAUCUCUAAUAUUAGCCGGAAUCAUUGUAAUAAACGCUAAUGGCUAAAAUACUAGGUCAAUACACAAACACAGGACUUAGUCCUUUUUAAAAGUCAAUUAAAAAUCUUUUUCUUUUUUGAUAAUACUUCCUCUGAACUAAAGUUUUUACAACAUGAAUUUUUGAAUUCAUGUCUGUUAUCCUAAAUGAAAAAAUUUGGCAGGGGAAAAUGGUGCAAUUUUUUCGAGUUGCUAAUUCAUGUCCCGUCAUUGUGAUCGUAUUUUUGGUAGUAGUGUGCGCGCGACUGGCAGCGUAUAGUGGUAGUGCCAGCGGUAGUGAUCUCUUUUACCCGCCAAGAGAUAGAUAGAGAUAGACCACAAGAUGGCGGCACUUUUGAUUAGUUCCGAUUUUGGCCACGCGCAAACUUAUUGUGCGUGGCCAAAUAUAUUUUAGUGCUCUAGUAUAUAUCAUAAAUACUAGAGCACUAAAAUUAUUUCAAGAAAAUAUAAGGAAAUAUAUUAAAGGAGAUCAUUCAUUUUGGGCCCUUUUUAAAAGUGCCGGCCAAUGAAAAAAAAUGGCACGAAUCGUUAGAACUAGCCAUUUGAAGUAAUAGCUAAUGUGGCAUAAAAGUUGUAGGAGGGCUCUGACUCAAGUUAUACAGGUUCGACGAUUCGUUAUUUCCAUACAUUUUGACGAUUUUCAAAAGUGCCCGCCUAGAAAAAAAACUGGUACGUAUCAUAAGAACUACCCAUUUGGAACAAUAGUUAGUAUGGCACAAAUGUUGUAGGAGUGCUCUGAACCAAGUUAUACAGGUUCGAUGACUCGUCACUUCUAUACAUUUUACUGAGUUUUGUAAGUGCCCACCAACAAAAUAAAUGAUACGUAUCAUUAGAACUAGCCAUAUGCAGCAUUAUUUACUAUGCCAUAAACAUUGUAAUGUAGCUCUGUGUCAAGUUAUACAGUUCCGAUGGUUCGUCAAAUCCAUAUAUCUUAUUGAAUAUUUAAAGUGCCGUUUUUAAAAAAUAUGGUACUUAUCGUUAGUACUGUCCAUUUGGAGCAAUAUUUAGUAUUGCACAAAUGAUGCAGGAUUGCUCUGAACCAAGUUAUACAGGUUCGAUGUCUCGUCACUUCUAUGUAUUUUAUUGAAUUUUGAUAACUAGCAAUUUCCAGAUAUAAUGGCAUAAAUGUUGUAGUAUACCUCCGAAUCAAGAUAUACUGUUUCGAUGAUUAAUCAAAUCCAUAUAUUUUAUGGAUUUUUUAAAAUACCGUUCACCAAAAACAUACAUAUCGUUAAAACUAGACAUUAGAAGCAAUAUAUAGUAGGACGUUGCACACGGUUCAGAAUAAUCCGAUUUCUGAACAAAGUUAUAUAAGUUUCAUGAAUCGUAAUUUUUAUACAUUGAUUUCCGAGAAGUUUUCGUCCGAAGAGUUGGAAAACAUAAAACAAUAAUAAAAUAUAGAAUUAAUGAUACUCAUUUUUUGUGCCACAUGCAAUUCCACAUUAUUGUGCAAAUGCAUUUAAAAAUUGUUAUGUUAUUGUGGAUUUUGGGUAGAGUGAAAUAAAAAUAUUUUUUUAAGUUCUUUCAAGUAAUGGUAUUUUUGGUUUACUAACAUGGAUAACAAAUAAUGAUGAAACAUAAACACUAUGAUGACAUUUAUUUCAUAUUAUUAGUUCGAGCCGUGUAUUCAUCAUUAUUAUUUUGUUUUUCACCUAUACAGAUAUCAACAAAAACAAAGUGACGAAUAACUCGUCACUUUGUUUGUUGUUGACGUCGAACACAGAUAACUUGGAUCAGAGCAAUCUUACAAUGUUUCUGUCAAUCCUACCUAUUAGUUAUAUUGCUCAAAUCGGUAAAAUGUAUAUAAAUUACGAAUCAUCGAACUUGUAUAAAAUUGCUCAGAGCAGGCCUACAGUAUUUGUACAAUACUAACUAUUACUCCCAGUUCCUAUUACAGUCAGUUCUAAUGAUCUGUACAAUUUUUUAUGGCUGGCACUCAAUAUUUAAUGAAAUUCAUGGAUAUGACAAAUAGUCACACUUGUAUAACUUGUCUCACAGUAUUUCCACAAAGUGUCUGCUACACUAAAAAACUAAAUAUUGUUCUAAAUGACCAGUUAAAAUGAUACCUAUAAGAAUUUUAUUGGCAGGCAACUUCUAAAUCAAUAAACUGAUGUAACGGGCCAUGAAAACUGUAUAACUUGGUUCAGAGCAAUUCUACAAUAUUCGUGUUCUAAUAACUAUUGCCACAAAUGACCAGUUAUAACGAUACGUUUCAUUAAUAUUUUUGGUGGGCACAAAACUCAAUUAAAUGCAUAGAAGUGACGAGGCAUCGUAUCUUUAUAACUUGGUUCAGACCAAAACUACACCAUGUGUGUCAUACUAAAUAUUGCUCCAAAUGGGCAGUUCUAACGAUAAGUACCAUAUUUUUGUAAAACGGCACUUUAAAAAAUCAAUAAGAUGUAUGGAUUUAACGAAUUGUCGAAAUUGUAUAACUUGACACAGAGCUACAUUACAAUGUUUAUGCGAUAGUAACUAUUGCUGCAAAUAGCUAGUUAUAACGAUACGUAUCAUUUAUUUUGUUGGUUGGCACUUACAAAACUCAGUAAAAUGUAUAGAAGUGACGAGUAACCGAACCUGUAUAACUUGGUUCAGAUCACUCCUACAUCAUUUGUGCCGUAGUAACUAUUGCUCCAAAUAGGUAGUUCUAAUGAUACGUACCAGAUUUUUUUCUUGGCGGGCACUUUUGAAAAUCGACAAAAUGUAUGGAAAUAACGAAUCUUCGAACCUGUAUAACUUGGUUCAGAGCCCUCCUACAACUUUCAUGCCAUAUUAGCUAUUACUCCCAAUGGCUAGCUCUAACGAUUUGUGCCAUUUUUUUUUUGUUGGCCGGCACUUUCAAAAAGAGCCCAAAAAUGUAUGGAGCGUGAAUGAUCUCCUUUAGUAUCAAUAUAAUGUGAUGUUAAAUUGAAAGUAUAUCAUAGUCAAAUUAGGACGUUUCAAUGACUUAUUUAGUAUCAUUAUAUUCUGAUGUUAAAUUGAAAGUAUGUGAUAAGUCAUAUUAAUGUAUGUCAUAGUCAUAUAAAGACAUUUCAAUGUGGCUAUGACAACAUUUAUCAUGUAUGUUGUACUUCCGAUACAAAAUAAUGAACUCUGCUUGUAUCGUCAUAUCAUGUUUCUAAUUUAUUUUACUUAUCUGUGUAUAUUUUAUUUACGAGUAUAAUAGUAUUUAUACAAAUGAUAAUUAUCAUCUGUUCAUUACUAUAAUUAAUAAUUUAAUUAAUAGAUAUGAUGUAAAAUUUACUAAAAUGUUUUAGGAAGUAAAUUAUUGUGAUGUAUUAUAUUAUGUAUUAAAUAAAUGUGUAACUAUUAAUAAUAAUUUAAAUAAAAAACCGUUUGUAACUCUUA